GUGGAAAACAUCUUUAAUGCACGCCUGCGGCUGCCGUGUCGCCUGAGCUGCCCCCCGUUCACGUCUGCCGCGGCUUGAGUGCCCGUAUAUAUUCGCUGCGCUGCGACUUGUUGAUUUUGCCGUAGAUUAGAUCUCGGCUAUCGGUGUGCUAGGAUGCCUACCGAGAACAGGAAGCGCGGUCGCCGCGAGGAGAAGAAGCGCAAGCGCGAGCAGCAGGACGCCGACAAGGACGCAAAGCGCACCAAGCGGGAGGAACAUGUCGAGGCCACCCUGCAGCAGUACGACGACGCCCACCAGCCGCCCGUCGAGCACAGCACCUUCCAGGACGAUGCCGUCGAUGUCUCGGGGCCCGGCGCCAUGCCCUUCUACGGCAUGCUGGACGAGGACGAGCAGGAGUACUUCAAGCGCGCCGACGAAAUGCUGGAGCUGAACCAGUUCGCCGACGCCGACGAGCGCGCCAUGUUCCUUGCCAACGUCUGGAAAGAGGCCGACGGGAAAGAGCUCAAGAUUGCCAACAGCCAGUCCUGCUCGCGCCUGAUGGAGCGCCUCAUAAUUCUGUCGACGCCGGACCAGCUCAAGCAUCUGUUCCAGAAGUUCAGCUCACACUUCCUCCACCUGGUCCAGCACCGCUUCGCCUCGCACUGCUGCGAAGCCCUGUUCAUCCGGGCUGCGCCUGUCGUCACCCAGGAGCUUGCCAACCCCGACCUCGCCCUCGCCCCCUCGUCCGACCCCGACGCCAUCUUCGUCUCUAUGGAGAACCUCUUCCUGCUCGCCCUGGCCGAGCUCGACGAACACCUGGGCUUCCUAUUGACAGACCGCUUCGCCUCGCACGUGUUGCGCGUGCUGGUAGUAAUUCUCUCUGGCUCGCCGCUGGAGCAGCAGAACAAGUCGGCUAUGCAGAGCAAGCGGAAAGAGAAGAUCGGCGUCGCUGGCGCAGAGAAGACAGACCUCGCUCUGGAACACCGAAACGUCCCCGAUUCGUUCAAAGAGGCCCUCGAGAAGGUCAUUGACCAUAGCGUCUCAGGACUGGACUCGGGCUACCUGCGCACCCUGUCGACACACCCUCUCGGCAAUCCGACCCUGCAGAUGCUGCUCAAGCUGGAGCUCAAGAUAUUUGGAAAGUCCCGAGCGAAAGACGAGCAGUCUAUUAUCCACAAACUCCUGCCUGACGAUCCUAUCGCUGAAGGUACAGAGAGCGCGGCAUUCAUCAACGGCCUGGUCUACGACCCCAUUGGCUCGCGUCUGCUCGAGACCAUCAUCGAAAAUGCACCUGGAAAGCUGUUCAAAUCCAUCUACAGCGAGUUCUUCAAGGAGCGCAUGGGGAGCCUGGCCCGCAACGAGAUCGCUAGCUACGUAGCCGGGAAGAUCCUUGAACGACUGAGCAAGGAAGACCUAGGAGAUGCCAUGCGUCAGAUUGUCGAUCAGAUCCCCAACUUGGUGGAGCGCAACCGAACUGCCAUUCUUAAGACCCUGAUCGAGCGUUGCGCAGCGCGAGACGUCGACACCCUCCCAAUCACGAAGCAACUCGAGCUUGCCUACAGCGGACCCAAUGGUUUCGAGAUCUCGCGCAUUCUCAAGCUUAGCGACACGCCCGAUGAUGGCAAGACCAACGGCAAAGUCCACGGCAAGCCUGAUCACUCACCAGAAAAGGUGCACGGCUCUCUGCUCGCGCAGGCCAUGAUGAUAGUGGACGGCCCCCUUGGAAACCUCAUCUUCGAUUCGCUCGCCAAUCUUUCGCCGGAACUCUCGCUGAAUCUCGCCCGGGACUCCACAGCAUCACGAACCCUCCAAGCAGCCCUGAACAGCUCACAUGCAUCAGUCAUCUUCCGCCGGAAAAUGAUCCAGCAGUUCUACGGUCAUGUUGGCGAGCUAGCGCUUGAUCCGGCAGCGUCUCGCGUCAUCGAUGCUAUUUGGGAAGGCACCCACGGCCUCGCCUUCAUCCGCGAGCGCAUCGCUGAAGAGCUUGCUGAGAAUGAGAGCGCCCUGCGUGAGUCCUUCGUGGGCCGCGCAGUCUGGCGCAACUGGCGCAUGGAUCUGUACAAACGCAAACGCGCAGACUGGGUCAAGCAAUCACGCUACACCGCUGGCAACGAUGGUUUCCAGUCGUUCCCCGAAGGCAAUGGCGACGCCCAGAACAGGCAACCGGGCAAACACUUGACAGCGCUUGAGCGGGCACGCCAGAAGCACGCGGCUGCUAAAGCCGGUCCGAAAAAGAGCGAAUCAGCAGUCAGAGAUAGCAGGAAGACGGGACGGAAAGAGAGGAACGUGGCGACGGGCAGCAACAAGACUGAGCAGGCGGAGAAACCAAGGCUCGUGGCGCAAUAGGGCGCGAAAAGCACGCAUGUAUGAUGUUCGAGCAGUCUGUCCGAUUUUCAUGCCAAACACGGCAAAAGGCGUUCUUGCUUGCUUUAACCUUUCCUGGUGUGGGUCUGAUUUGAUCUCUAGAUACCUUUAGCGCAUGAGAAGUUUGCCGAGUGGCUGAGAUUUUAGUAUGGAACAAUGGAAGAUGU